CUCCUCCACCCUCCAGCAGCUCCCUGUCCUGCGACUAUGGCCCCGUCCGGACUUUAAUCGUACAUUAACAUUGGUCUGUCUGUACGCCAAUGUCCGUCUAGCGGGACUUUUACUGCCGGCUCUGCAAUUCGUUCUCAGGUAAGUGCAUCAAUUUCCUCUCCAAGUCUUUUCUUUUCUUUUUCUUUUCGCUUGUUUCGUUUGCGCCAUCUUCUGUACGAUACCUCAAUGGCGUCUUCACCUCUACCCUCGACCCCUAGAGCGGUCUCUGCGCCCACUCCGACUGCCGAUCAGUCCCGGACGCCUGGGAAGUGGCGCCAUCCUCAACUGGAUGAAAUAGUCCGGCGUCAGAAUGCGAGGACAUUUGGCGACCAAAAUAUCAGAAGCAUCGUCUGGAAUACCAUCGCUCUAGUUGCGGUGCGGGCCUACGGCGACACUGUCCAGUCUUACUCCAGUUCGCUGUUGAGCACACUUGAGCCCUCGGCAUUUUUCAAUUUCUUGCGUGUCGCCGUUCAACUCCUAUUUUUGUCAAACAUAGCUUUGGCUCUGUCGCCUCUCGUCCGAUCAAAGGACGAUCUCUCCGAUAUUCCUCUCACCCCCACUCAGCGCUCUCUCCUUGGACUUGAUCCCUCUACGACAUCGCCACUGACGCCGGGGAGCACGUACAUCACCCCGCCGAAGUAUCGGCUUUCUGCGUCGCGAACCGCAAGUUCUGCUAGCAAGGCUGCGUCGCCCCUAUCGGCAAGCACCAGCCCUUCAGGACGUCGACUGUCUUCGGGCGCAUCUUUCUCCCCCUCUCCCAGUCCGCUAUUCCACAAAGCAGUAUCGAACGGAGGAAGAGACAACGGGCGGAGACCCAGCUUCGGGUCGUCAACAUCAUUCGGGCGGAGUUCGCUGUUCGGGGAAUCCACUAUGUCCAGUAUUGCGCCGGCAACCCCAUCUCCUGUCGGUGGCAAGCGUGUGAGCUUGGGAUUGAGCAACAAAUGGUUAUAUGAGCGGAGCCGGCGACUAUCAGCGAGUAACGGUAGUCUUUGAUUUGGUCUUGUUAGGGAAGGGUUACAACUAGGCGUGGAAAAAGGUGGACAACCGCAGUUAUUUUUUUGUUAGACAAAGCGUUUCAGAUUUAGACCGCAUUAUAUCAUUCCGAGGAUUUUCCGUUCUUCUCGGUAUACGGAGCAUGCGACCGGAGGCCGCCGCUCGAAAUGAAAUGAAA